GCACCAUGAGCCCAGAGAGCCUGAAGUUGGUUCUGACAGCACUUCAGGCUUUAAUCAUCCCUCUGUUGUGUGACAAGGUGCACUCUGCUGAAGGGAAUCCUUUGAGGACAGCUGCUCAACAUGGAGCGACGGCAAAGCAGAAACAUUACGAUACAGCAGUGCCUCUUCAGCUUGUUGGAGAAGAAUGGAAACCAGUCAGCCAACUCAAAUCUCAGAAUCACCCUACAUCGCUGAAGCUUCUGGUCGAGGUGAAAGGUGAGCGGCUGCUCCUGGCUGUAGAGAAAAACCAGGGGCUGUUUGCCAGUAACUAUACAGAAACCCAUUACCUGGAAGAUGGGACUACAGUCACAGGUCCUCACAACGUCACGGCAAACUGCUAUUACCACGGAGAGGUGGAGGGUCAUGUCAACUCAGACGUCAGCCUCAGCACUUGUGCUGGAAUUAGGGGUUUCGUGUCUCUUGGAGGCAGCUCCUACAUGCUGGAACCUUGCACCAGUUGCUCUAAUGGGACUCACUGGAUAUACUCAGCAGAACACCUCAGUUUUGUUUCCGGAACCUGUGGCCACGAUUUCAACAUAUCCUACCCCACUGCGUUCACAGACAGCAGCCCGUUCAAGGCCUUCCGCUCAAGACAUAAACGCCACCUCCAGACAACAACCAAGUACGUGGAGCUUAUCAUUGUUGCUGACAACAGAGAGUUUCAGAAGCAAGGCAAAGACAUGGAGAAGGUCAAACAGCGACUGGCUGAGAUCGCCAAUUAUGUGGACAAGUUCUACAGGGCUUUGAAUAUCCGAGUGGCACUGGUGGGGCUCGAGGUUUGGAGUGACGCUGACAAAUGUCCCAUUACCCAGGACCCUUUUACCACCUUACAUGAGUUUUUAGACUGGAGGAAAGUCAAAUUAUUACCUCAGAAGCCACAUGACAAUGCCCAGCUAAUCAGUGGUGUGUACUUCCAAGGCACCACCAUUGGAAUGGCGCCCAUCAUGAGUAUGUGCACGGCAGAGCAGUCGGGAGGAAUAGUUAUGGAUCAUUCAGACAAUCCUCUGGGAGCUGCAGUCACUCUGGCCCAUGAGCUUGGACACAACUUCGGGAUGAACCACGACACACCGGAGCGGGGGUGUGGAUGCAGAGUGACAGUGGAUCGAGGUGGCUGCAUCAUGACUCCUUCCACCGGGUAUCCCUUCCCCACGGUGUUCAGCAGCUGCAGCAAAAAGGACCUGACAGCCAGCUUCGAGAAAGGUGUCGGCAUGUGUCUGUUUAACAUGCCUGAGCUGAAGGUGCUCUACGGUGGGCAGAAAUGUGGCAACGGCUACGUGGAGGAGGGAGAGGCGUGUGACUGUGGUGAACUGGAGGAAUGCUUGAAUCCCUGCUGUAAUGCUACUACCUGCACUCUGAAAGGAGACGCCGUCUGUGCGCAUGGACACUGCUGUCAGGACUGCCAGCUGAAGGCAGCAGGAACUCCAUGCCGCGAGUCCAGUAACGCCUGUGAUCUGCCUGAGUUUUGCACCGGCGUUAGCCCUCACUGCCCCGCCAACGUCUACCUGCACGAUGGUCACUCCUGCCACAAUGUGGACGGCUACUGUUAUAACGGCAUAUGCCAGACUCACGAGCAGCAGUGUAUCACUUUGUGGGGUAAAGGAGCCAAGCCAGCUCCAGGAAUCUGCUUUGAAAGGGUCAACUCAGCAGGGGACCCUUAUGGCAACUGUGGCAAAGAUUCAAAAGGCUCGUUUGCCAAAUGUGAAGCACGAGAUGCUAAAUGUGGCAAAAUCCAGUGUCAAGGAGGAGCAAACCGCCCAGUAAUUGGCACCAACGCUGUUUCCAUAGAAACAAAUAUACCCCUGCAAGAAGGCGGAAGGAUUCUGUGUCGGGGUACACAUGUCUACUUGGGGGAUGACAUGCCCGAUCCCGGCCUGGUUCUGACGGGGACCAAGUGUGGAGAUGGAAUGAUGUGUCUGAAUCGUCAGUGCCAGAACGUCAGCGUUUUUAACGUGCACGAGUGUGCAGCCAAGUGCAGCGGUCGAGGGGUGUGUAACAACAACAAGAACUGUCACUGCGAGGCUCACUGGGGGCCUCCUUUCUGUGACAAGAUGGGUUUUGGAGGAAGUGUGGACAGCGGCCCCAUCAGAUUUGCAGACAACAGGAACGUGACAGUGGGCAUCCUGGUGUCUCUCCUCACUAUGAUGGUAGCUGCUCUGAUUGUCUGCAUCAAGAGGAAAACACUAAUGGAACGACUGUUCCCCGGCAAAAAGAACCCCAUUGAGAAGCUCAGAUCAGACAGUGCAGCCAUCAGUGGACCUUCAGCUUCUAAACCUCCAUCCACAGCGAGCACGUCUCCAUCCAGACCGGCGCUGCCUCUGCCCCACAGUGCCACCAUCUUCAAGUCUCCUUACCGGGGGCCAGAGGUGGGCCCCCCGCCAGCUCCAUACCCCGCUCACAGCCUGCGCAGACUCCCCCAGUGCCCUCCAGUUCACCUCAGCCACCCGGUCCCCCUGUCUCUCACGUUGUCCCUCUCACCCGGGCCCCGGCAGCCGAGACCCCCGGCCCCUCCGCCUCACCGAGCCCCUCCUCCGCACAUCCACAUGGCGCCCAGGGGAGCGUCGUUUCACAGCGUGUCACAUCUGAACUCCUGCAGGAUGGUGAUGGACACGAUGCUGACCUUCAUCCAGCUGAUCACUUGGCUCCUUCUCACCAACUCAAACAGCGCCGAGAAGCUUUUCCAUAACCGGGAUCAUUCGGACGUGCGGGCGCCACUGUCGCACCAAGCUCCUGUCGUCGUGGAUGAAUUUAAAGCGGAGCCGGUGAACGUUCUCCAGAACGACCCAGCACUAGAGGGCAGCCACAACACACCAUGUCUCUGCUUCUGA